AACAAACUUGAACUUAAUAUAAAAGCAAACCAAACAAUGAAUCUUCCAACAUUGUUUUUCUCUUGUUGAAAUAAUGUUCCUGAAGCUAGUCCUCCUCAAUGCUUUUGUAGUAGUUUACGUAAAAGCCUCAUUAUGCGAUUGCAUCGAAUGGACAGGCCAAAGUUUGCAAUUCCCCAACCAAAAAGAAAAGCUUCUAUGCCAAACGAACGGCUCGUAUAUAUCCAAAAAUGGCCUGAUGACCCGAGGACAAAUCUACGAAAACCAUCUCUACGGAGCCAUGCCUAGAUUCAAACCAGGAGUUGCUGCCACUCUAGUCAAAGUCUCUUUGAAAUCCAAAGCUUGCGAAGCCUCACUAGUUCCAUUUCCAAAUUGGGAAGCCCAAAACGAGGAUAAUUGCGAAGGACUUCAAUCUAUAAUGGAUAUAUUUCUGGAUCCUCACGGGUUUUUGUGGUGUUUGGAUUCGGGCGUGGUGCUCACCCACACGGACAACCCGAUCCGAAAAUGUCCCCCCAAAGUGGUGAUUUUCGAUUUGAAAACUGGCAAAAAAGUGAAGACUGUGCACUUGUCCGGAUUGGUUGUCAAGUGUUCCAGGCUCCAAUACCUCGUUGUUGAUUAUAAUGCAAACGGAAAACCGAUUCUUUUAAUCAGUGACGCUUCUUUAUGCUCAAUUUUAGUGUUUGAUGUUGCGGAAGGCAAAGGAUAUCGUUUGGUUUUGCCUAAAGCUGUCGCAAAUUGCAAACGAGAUGUGCUUUAUUUGUGUUUGAUGCAAAAAACUUCUGGAAGCAAGUUUUUGAUUGUCACCUAUUUGUCUGGUAGUAGAGUGUUUUCCAUAAACUUGGAAGAUAUUAGAAGGGGUUCGGCUGCUGGAAAUAUCCAGGAUUUGGGCCCCAAGGAACGCAAAAUCGUUCCAGUGAGUACCGAUGGUGCUACUAGGCUGUUUUACAGACACGAAGGCGAAUCGGAUAUUUACAAAUGGGACGCUGAUUCAGAAUUAUUUUGCGAAGGCAAUUUGGUUUAUAAGGAGGAUAAUUGUUGCUAUUUGGCCACUCAAGUGAUGCCUUAUUACGCAGAGAACAGAAUGAUGCUGUUGGAGAGUAACUUUCAUGAUUAUAUUCAAGGCACUGUUGGCUGUGGAACUUCUCAAAGAGUUUGUCCAAUGGUUAGUUAUGUAUAA